GCUUGUGUGUUCAGUGACAAUGGUUUUAGGGUCGUGGUUCAGCUAGCCAGGUUUCCAAGGCGUUGUUCCUAGCCACAUAAAGACUGAUCGAGCUGUAAAAAGACAUGUAGCCUGAGUAGUUUAUGUUUGGUGUUUCACAGGAACACGUUUCUUUGACAGGAUUUAGCUAGCUAGCAGAGCCGACCAUCAAGAUAACCAUGGCCAAUGAACCGGUGAGCGUGGCCUUCAAGCUGUACUGCCUGACGGUGAUGACGCUGGUGGCGGCCACCUACACCGUGGCUCUGCGGUACACCAGGACCGUGUCGUCGGACCUGUACUUCUCCACCACGGCGGUCUGUAUCACUGAAGUCAUCAAGCUGUUUCUGAGCCUCGGGAUGCUGGCCAAAGAGACAGGGAGCCUUAGCAGGCUGAAGACCGCAGUCGUUGACCACGUGUUCCGGAGUCCGGUCGAGUUGCUGAAGCUGAGCGUUCCCUCGCUGGUCUACGCUGUUCAGAACAACAUGGCCUUCGUAGCCCUGAGCAAUCUGGACGCAGCUGUUUAUCAGGUGACGUACCAGCUGAAGAUCCCCUGCACCGCCCUGUGUACGGUGCUCAUGCUGAACCGCUCCCUCAGCAGGCUGCAGUGGUUCUCCGUCUUCAUGCUGUGUGGGGGAGUCACGCUCGUGCAGUGGACCCCGGCCCAGUCCACCAAGGUCCAGGUGCAGCAGAACCCUUUCUUGGGUUUCAUAGCUAUCGCUGUAGCUGUUCUGUGCUCUGGAUUUGCAGGUGUGUACUUUGAGAAGGUGCUGAAGAGCUCAGACACGUCGCUGUGGGUUAGAAACAUCCAGAUGUACCUGUCUGGCAUUGUGGUGACCCUGGUGGGCGUGUUCGUGUCAGACGGAGCCCAGGUGCUGGAGAAGGGCUUCUUCUACGGCUACACCACCUGGGUGUGCUUCGUCAUCCUGCUGGCCAGUGUAGGUGGUCUCUACACGUCUGUGGUGGUGAAGUACACUGACAACAUCAUGAAGGGCUUCUCGGCAGCAGCUGCUAUAGUUCUCUCCACAGUGUCCUCCGUCACUCUGUUUGGACUGCAGAUCACUGCCACAUUCGCCACCGGGGCUCUGCUGGUGUGCGUCUCCAUCUACCUGUACGGCCUGCCGAAGCAGGACACCACCAAGCUGGCGAAAGCCGACGCGGACAAGGAGAGCAGGAGCAAACUGAUCACGGUCUGAGCCCUGAGGCGGCGCCAGGGAGGGGCGCUCAGCCAUUCGGCCGCUCUCACGGUCGGCUGGCACAGUCGAAUGUCACGGUCCACUGUCACAGUUGGCUCUAACGGUCGGCUAUCACGGUCGGCUGUCACCUGGAACUUCAAUGCAAAGGACUCUGCUUCCCUGUCACCUGUCUAGGGGGGCGUCAAGACAACACCUACAUCCCAGUGAUUCACCUUGUAGCACUGCCUGGGGAGGACGGUGAGGACAUUUUUUUAUGAUGCACUGCUUGUCAUUUUAGUCAUAGUUUUUAUGUAUCCUUGCUGGUUUCCCCAUGUUUUUUUUUUUUUAUUGGGAGCUUGGGGUGGGAGCUGGAGGUGGGGGUGGCCAUGUGGGAGGGGGGUUAAUCUCGUUCUUGUAAAGAGUGAAUUAUGAUUUUAAACACGCAUUUUUAUCAGAGAAGAAUGAAUUCGAAAUUUCCUCAGACAGGGGCACCAGCCUGCUGAAAGGCAGCUGACACUAAUCCCCGAGCCACAGAGCUGUGGGAGACCCCGGUGCUUCGGUUUACUUUGGUUCCUGCUCCUCCCUCUGCUUGGGCGUUUACUCAAUGUGCCACGGUUUGUUGUAUGUGUAUAAAAUGGUUGCUAUGGACCACUGGACAGCAACUGACCCUCGGUUAGGAAUGCAAAAGACACUGUAUGCGCCUAAGCAGACACUGAAAACUCUACUGAGCCGUGGCCUGCGAGAUGAGGUGCAUGCACUGUGUUCUGCAUUUGCAACGCGAGGGCAAAUUGCCAAUGACAAACAUUUCUUGUAGAUGGGCUUUAUUGUUUUCCCUGUAUUUGUAUGUACGAGGUUCGUCAUGGCUUGGAAAAUUAUGUUAGAGACUGAUGUGAGAGUUACGUGUGUAUAGGAAUUUACAGGUGAUCUCAAGUCGACAUAUCUUUGAAAUGCUUUUGAUGAAUGGCCAACGGCACAGAUGUUGAAGUUAUUGCAUGAGGCUGUGUCUUUAAACUGGAUCUUUAAGCUGACUUCUCAUGGUGAAACCCUUUCCCGAAACAUGCCAAACGGCAGCGCUCGUGCAAUGUAUUCACUAUAUUCCUUCUUAGGGCCAGUCGUUUCAUACAAACAGUGUUUUCAAGCAAGUAUUUGGAAAUGUGUAACUAUGAAGGAGAGCAGGUUUUCUGUCUCUGAUAGGUCCAGACACCCACGUGCGGUGUGUCUAAGCCAAUCCAGUUUCAAGCAGCAACUAGCCCCUCCUCCUGCUCAGCGCUCAUCCAUUGCAACCCUUUUCUGUGCCUGCACUGUGGUGCAAUGCUGAUUUAGUACUUGUAGUGUGUCUGGUUUUAAAUCAUGGGAUGUAUGGGUUUUAUUUACUGUAGUAUUUUCUGAAUGUUCCUCUGCUAAAUCAUUCUGGAUGCUUACUUCUGAAGGAUUGAGGAGGAGAGAGCCUCUAAAGCCUUUUCCUGUUAGCUUUUGCAUUUUGUGCUCAACUCACAUGAGCUUACCCGUGGGAUCCAUCUGUCAGAGUGAGAGCGGUCUCUAUACUCCUGAGGUCCCAAGCAUAUUCUUUCAGGUGUCUGUUAAAAUGUCAUGACUUAUUAUGGGAUGAGACUUUUGUCAUGUUUUAAAAGAUUCAACAUCCGCUGGACAACCAUUUACUGUGUGUUUUCAUUUUGCUGAUCAGAUGUAACCUGUAUCUACCUGACAUAUGGUACCGUUUGCGGUUUUGACAGCGAAGGGGAUUAAAGUCUUGA